CUGCUCUGAAGUAGCCAACGGUAACCGUGUGAUAGUUUAUAGAAUAGGGUUGUGAAACAUUUUACCAAAGACGUUAUCCCUUACAGGGAAGUUACGGUAUACAGUUGCAUCGCGCCAAAGAACUUGCUAUAUUUUACGCAAUCCCAUACCUAGAUGAGCUUGUUACUGUAGUCUAUAGCAUCUUUUGGGUAUAGCUCGCAUUCCUACUUGGUUCUUCGAUUGCACACCUCAAACAAAUGCGCUGCCCUAGCGUGUCCGCAUGUGGGCUGCUUGCCAUUCUCCUUCUCUUCAGCGCUGGUAUUGAUGCUGCCAAAAAGCCUCCAUCGCCCCCUUCCCCGCCCUCGCAACCACCGCGACCACCACCCCGUCGGCUCAAGGCGCCUCGCACGCCCCCAGUCCAGCCCGCAGUCAAGAUUCCACCCCCACCACCUUUAGUGUCUUCCCCGCCCCCGUCUCCACUGGUGCCACAACCACCGCCGCCUUCCUCUCCUAGUCUUCCGUCUCCAUCGUCUCCAUCCCCAGCACCUCCCUCAUCGCCUCCGGCGUCCCCGUCACCCUCUUCGGCAGCACCUUCAUCACCUCCUUCUCCUUCUUCACCAAGCCAACCAUCGAGCCCGCCGGCUCCUUCAAAAAAACAGCCGAACUUUGUUGUCAUCCUCGUCGAUGACCAAGAUUACCUGCUCAAUGCGACACAUCGCGCGUAUAUGCCAAAGUUACACCAGUAUAUCGGCGAUAAAGGGCUUCACUUGAAUAACUUUAUCGUGACAACGUCCCUUUGCUGCCCUUCACGUGUCAGCUUGUUGACGGGUCGUUUCACGCACAAUCACAAUGUCACCAGCAACCAGGCACCCCAAGGUGGAUGGGGCAAGUUCUCUUCCCUGGCCCUGGACCGCGAUUGGCUGCCCUUGUGGCUCAAGCCGCUCGGCUACAACACCUACUUCACCGGAAAGUUCAUCAACCUGUUUGACGUGGAAGCCGGUGACACCGCCAGCUGUCCCAAGGGCUGGGACAUGUUUGACCCGUUGACCGACAAGUCCGUGUACGACUAUGUCAACUACGACUUCAUGCCUCAGUGUGCCCGGCUGGACAGCUUCCGAGACGCCUACCAGACUGACACCAUUGCGGAGCGGGCGAUGGGCUACAUCGAUGACGCGGUGUCCAAGGGCGCCCCCUUCUACUUGCAGCUCAACCCCGCCGCCUGCCACACCGCCUGCCCCAAGGGCUCGGAGGAGGGGGGCGCGUGUGUGCCGCCCGUGCCCGCACCCAAGUACGCGGGCAGGUUCAGCGGAGCGCAGGUGCCUCGGUCCCCCAACUGGAACCUGCAGCUGCCCUCGGUGCUGGGGCUGGGUGACGACCUGGGGGGCGGCAUCAAGGCAAUCGACAAGCACUACCAGCGGCGGCUGGAAACCAUGCUGAGCGUGGAUGACAUGAUUGAGGCUGUGGUCACCAAGCUGGAGCAGGCGGGUGUGUUGGACAACACGUAUGUCAUCUACGUCUCCGACAACGGAUACCACCUGGGCAACCAUGGAAUGGCCAAGGGCAAGACGCUGCCGUACGAGGAGGACGUGCGGGUGCCCUUCUACAUGCGCGGCCCGGGUGUCCCCGCCGGCACCGUCAGUCCCUACAUGGCCACCAUGGUCGACCUGACAGCCACCUUUGUGCAGCUGGGGGGCGGCUCGCCGCCCGACAGACUGGACGGCGUGCCGUUGCCGCUGGACCGCAUCCUGCCGCCAAACUCAAAUUCAGCUUUGAAUUCCGGAUCCAGUUCGAGUGGAUCUGAUGUGGUUGUGCCGCGUCGCACGGGCACCAACUACCCGACCACGAACGGCACGCUGCGACAGAUGCUCCCCAUCGAGAUGUGGAUCAAUGCACUCUCAAAGGACCUAGACAAGAAGGACUACCGCUCCGUGCGCAUCUGCACCAACAACACCCUGCUGCCCCUUGCUGCUGCCGCCGCUGCCAAUAACACCACCACCACCACCACCACCAGCCGCAGCAACGUUAACAUCGGUAUCGGCAACACCACCUCGCCUCCCAACCUGUCCUGCUGGAAGUAUACCGUGUGGUGCAUCUACCCCACCACCACCAACUACAAGGAGCUCUUCGACCUGACCUCCGACCCCGACGAGAUCAACAACCUCAUGACA